CACAACACAGAUCGAGCAAGUACAUUAGUACGGAGUAGUAGGCUAGUAGCUUACAAAGCUGAUCAGAUCGAUGGCAGCUGCCCUCGUUGUUGGGCUCCUCGCCGUGCUUGUCGCGCAUGGCGCCCGCGCGCAGCCAGCGAACCACACCUCCUCCGCCGUCCGCCAACUCCGCGGCUCCGGCGGCGGCUGGCUCCCGGCCAAGGCCACCUGGUACGGCGCGCCCAACGGCGCCGGCCCCGACGACAACGGUGGCGCGUGUGGGUUCAAGGGCACCAACCAGUACCCCUUCAUGUCCAUGACGUCGUGCGGCAACCAGCCCCUGUUCAAGGACGGCCAGGGCUGCGGCGCAUGCUACGAGGUAAAGUGCACCAGUAAGAACAACCCCGCCUGCUCCGGCCAGCCCAAGCGGGUGAUGAUCACGGACAUGAACUACUACCCGGUGGCCAAGUACCACUUCGACCUCAGCGGCACCGCGUUCGGCGCCCUGGCGAGGCCGGGCCUCAACGACAAGCUCCGCCACGCCGGCAUCAUCGACAUCCAGUUCCGGAGGGUGCCCUGCGACCACCGGGGGCUCACCAUCAACUUCCACGUGGAGCAGGGCUCCAACCCCGUCUACCUCGCGGUGCUGGUCGAGUACGCCAACAAGGCAGGGACCGUGCUGCAGAUGGACCUCCGCGAGUCCGGCUCGCGCUACUGGACCCCGAUGCGGCGCUCCUGGGGCUCCGUCUGGCGCCUGGACUCCAACCACCCGCUGAGGGCGCCCUUCUCGCUGCGCAUCCGCGGCGAGCCCCGCAAGCCGCUCGUGGCCUACAACGUCAUCCCGGCCAACUGGAGGCCCAACACCGACUACCGCUCCUACGUCCAGUUCAACUGAGCGCAUGACGAUGAUCAUUCUGUAGGCAUACAUUGCUGGUUCGGUUGUUGAUUUAUUUGUCUUUAAUUUGUGCGGGCACUUGGGAGGCGUGGGAAAUGGAGGAGGCAAAGUGUUUUAUACAUAUGUGCUCUCCCGCCCACCGCCCAAAGUGUGUGCAAGUACAACUGGUGUGCGUCCGAUUACUAGAGUGAUAUACUGUAGUGUGUAACCAAAUCACGAGGUUAUGCAUCGUCAAUGGAUUUAUUAAUAACUACUUUGCCGAUCACAUGUUUCUGAUUA